AUAAAUAGGGCUUCGACUAGAAAAAUACGAGCUGUAGCUAAACAUGUACGUAUGUCUUCUAAUAAAGCCCGUAGAGUAGCUCAUCAACUUCGUGGUUGUACCUAUAUGGAGGCACUUUCGAUACUGAAUUGGAUGCCUCAUAGAGCAUGUUAUCCCAUAUUAAAAGUACUUCGUUCUGCAGCCGCAAAUGCAUAUCACAAUAUGGGUAUAGAUAAGGGCUUUUUAUUUGUCCUUAUGGCUGAAGUGAAUGAAGGUCCUAUUUUCAAAAGAUUUCGACCUAGAGCUCGGGGACGCGGUUAUCCAAUACAGAAACCCACUUGUCAUAUAAGUAUUACAUUGGAGGAUGUAACUGACUCUAACUCAAUUAUGGUAAAAAAAUAG